ACCUCGUCAGAGCUUCCUGUGAUGAUCGUGAAAAGAGUGAAAUGACAAAAACCUGGUAACCGCCGAAUCAGAAAGAAAACGACGAGAGGCGUUAUCUGAGUUUGAACCACCAGCUCCGUAACCCAUCCCAAGCCCUACACGUGUCCUCAGAAACUUCCAUUGGGUUGCAGAUUAGGCCUCGAGAAGAAGAGAGAGAGGAAAAAAUGGAUCAUGAAGCUGAUGCUUACCGUACUGACUUGAUGACCAUGACUCGGUUCGUGCUGAACGAGCAGUCCAAGCACCCUGAGUCACGAGGAGACUUCACCAUCUUGCUCAGUCAUAUUGUUCUUGGCUGCAAGUUUGUGUGCUCUGCUGUCAAUAAGGCUGGUCUGGCUAAACUUAUUGGCCUUGCUGGAGAGACCAAUGUUCAGGGUGAAGAGCAAAAGAAACUGGAUGUUCUUUCAAAUGAAGUUUUUGUGAAGGCUCUGGUCAGCAGUGGUCGAACUUGUAUCCUUGUUUCUGAGGAAGAUGAAGAUGCCAUAUUUGUGGAACCAUCAAAGCGCGGAAAGUACUGUGUUGUAUUUGAUCCACUGGAUGGUUCGUCUAACAUUGAUUGUGGCGUUUCAAUCGGCACGAUAUUUGGGAUUUAUGCACUAUAUGAUGGUGGUGAACCGAAACUAGAUGAUGUGUUGCAACCGGGAAAGAAUAUGGUGGCAGCAGGCUAUUGCAUGUACGGAAGUUCUUGCACGUUUGUGUUGACUACUGGAAGCGGAGUUCAUGGUUUCACCCUUGAUCCAUCUCUUGGAGAGUUCAUACUAACUCACCCAGACAUCAAGAUUCCGAAGAAAGGAAAGAUUUAUUCUGUGAAUGAAGGGAAUGCUAAGAACUGGGAUGGUCCAACAGCCAAAUAUGUGGAGAAAUGCAAAUUCCCAACAGAUGGUUCUCCACCAAAGUCUCUAAGAUACAUUGGAAGCAUGGUUGCUGAUGUUCAUCGGACAUUGCUUUAUGGAGGUAUCUUUUUGUACCCUGGUGAUAAGAAGAGUCCAAACGGAAAACUGCGUGUUCUCUACGAAGUCUUCCCCAUGUCAUUCUUGCUGGAACAGGCGGGAGGUCAAGCCUUCACUGGCAAAGAACGGGCCCUUGACCUCGUUCCAAAGAAGAUACAUGAGCGGUCUCCAAUAUUCCUCGGCAGCUAUGAUGAUGUGGAGGAGAUCAAGGCACUCUAUGCUGCUGAAGAAAAGAAAGAAUGAACUUACAGUUCUGAUUCUUUUAUGCGUAUUACAUGACCUUUUAUUGUUGCUCUGCUACUUCCACAUACUUUAUGAAUCUAUAAAUGGGAGAGUACAGUUUGUUGA